AGAAUCUGGCCGCGUUGUUGAAAUGAACCGAAGAAGAAAAGAUGGACCACCUGGGGCAGCAUGUGUCUUUGAGCUUGGGACGGGACAUAAUGACCAUCGUAGCCGCGAGUCGAUCCUGGAAGGAAACCCGGGAUGUAAUGAUGAGGAAAUACCUGGCAGCGGAGAAGAUGGCAACGGAGGCCGACUUAGCGGCAAUCCAGAGAAAGAACUUCGCGACAUACAAUGACUUUCUACAGGAGUUUAACCUGGUAGCCCUAAGGAUCCCCGGGGUUACGGACCGGAUAAUGAGUAAGUACUUCCUCAAGCAGUUCUCCGAGUUCGACAAGGACAAGAUCCUGUCGGCUUACCAACAGACGAGCAAAUUCGUAAACACCAGGGAUGUUGAUUUCAGUACGGUAACAGAUCUGGCCGAAAAGAUCGUAGUGAUCGAAACAUUGGCCUUGCUCAAGGAAGGGGAAGCCAUAGAUCGGACUGGUAGGACAGGCGACAAGGUAAAGAAGGGGAUUGAAAGUCUACAUGAACGGGUGCACGGAGUUGACAACAAGAUUGAAAAGGUGGAGAACGUGCUACUGGUUAUGCAGGCGCAAGUAUCCCGACCCGCCCUCCCUCCCCAAGAAGUCGUAGUUCCGCCAGGGGUAGCCAAUCGAGGAUUCGGAUGGAGAGAUCCCGCUAAUAAGCAAUGCAAGUAUUGCACCGUGGUGGGACAUUUUGUGCGCGCAUGCCCAAAACUCAACCAUUAUAUAUUAAGAAGGAGAUGUACCAGGUCAUUAAAGGGAGAGAUAUUCGGGUCGCAGGGAGAGCAGGUGAAUUGGAACUCACCAGGGGGGAUGCAGCGAGCCAUCAUCAUGUUCAAUGGGUUAGAGAUAGCAGCGGUAGAGGCAGCGCCGGUGGUCGAUAUCAUCUGGGAUCAACUUAGGGGUCACGGGCCGCAGGUCGGCGUUAUUCUGGAAAGCGACGGACACGAUAGGGUGAACGCGACCACUCGACUGGGGACGGCUGGGAGAAGAAUUAUCCGUGACACCGUGAUGGAGGAGGUUGUUGGAGGCUCCGCGCCCCAGGCAAAGCCGGAGGCCGGGGAACCAGAGAAAGUUUAUAGGAAGCCUAUGGAAGAGGAGCCUAGAGACAAAGUUACCGCUGCUAAAAAGAAGUUUAGAUACCAAAUCCCGAUCUUAACCAUACCUGAGAUCGAUGACACCCUUAGCAAAUUACUAGGAACCAUGGUAUCGGUGUCGUUUCAGACCAUGUUGCAGGCCAGCCCUAGGUUGCUCAAAGGGCUUAAACAGUUGUUGACGCGACGACGAGUAGAGAUAGACGAAAACCCCGAAUCGCCGGAAGGGGAAGGGGAGGAGGAAGCUCCGCAAGAAGUCGCUAACCUUAAGAGGAGUCGCGGGGAUUUGGAGGAUCUCGAGAAAGCCUUUGCGAACAUCCGCCUGAGUUUGCCAGACCGAGAAGGUGGUGAGGUCAUGAGGGCACCUCCUGGGACAAAGCUCAGCUUCCAUGCGCUACCCGUAGGAAAGUUGAAAAUCCAGAUCGGAACUCAUCAUACCGACGCAUUAAUAGACGGGGGAGCGGAAAUCACUCUCAUAAGGCAAGAUUUGGCAACGAUCACGGGCUGUAUGUUCGAUUACAAAAUCGAACGGAUUGCUGGAAUCAGAAACAAGGCCGAUGAGCUGAGUCGGGUCUGCAUCACUCUCGAUAGGGUGGAGGAUGCGGAGCCCAUAGACGCAUUCCUUGAAUACGAGGGAGGAACUCUUGCGGUGGAUAACGAAAUGAUGAGCGAAGAAUGCGCGUCGGGAGAACUGUUGAUCCGAACUUUGGAGGAGGGGGCACCUGCCGUAGUAGCAAAACUUAGAGAAGGACCAGUCACCACUCGAGGUCGCAAAGAGGAGAAAGAUUCAUGAGGAGCGACAAUAGGACCGAAGGAGGAACUAAUAGAAAUGGCGAUUGAGGGAGGCCGGGAAGCCGUGAAGAGCUUAGUGAA